AUGCUAGAUUCCUAUCCACAGCAAGUCAGCGCCGAAAAUGUCCAAUUGUCUCGAGCGAAUCGUAGCAACCCUCUGUGCGAAGAAGAAUCCGUCAAAGAGCGGCACCGAAGCGAGUGCAACUACCAGCUACGGACGGUCCAAUCGGUCCAAGUGACAAAGAUGAGCAGUGGAAAAGUUUCGCCAGCAAUCGAAACAAGCCAACAAAACCAGCAAUCGCCCGAGGAGCGACCGAGCCAACAGGAAAAGAACGCAACGAAGCAACAAGUAGCGGCACCGCUACUAAUUGCAGCAGGACACCACCACCGCCAAUCACCGACUGACGCCGAUGGUGUGGACAAAACGGAGGUUGAAGUUAACAACCACUACCAACUGGCGCCCGAGCACCCGAGCGAAAGGCGGGAAGCUGGAGCGGGCCGCGAGCAGGAUUUGAAGGAACGCCAAAGCGACGGAUGGACGGUAGUAAUCGAACAGCGGAACCCACGGGAUGUUGACGGAAUUAUAAUCGGUGGUUCUUUUCAACAGCAACAACAGAGCAACAAGAAUGAACAGAACGAUUCCCUCGUAACGGCGGAUGGUGAUAUCCGGGAACGAGUGGAAGAGCACCACGCACACCACCGGGAGCCGAUCGGCGGCGGAGGCAUCAACUGCCCGGAGCUCGAGCACUUUGGCGAUCCGAUUCCAACUGGCACUACCGCUAUGCGCGAUCCGCAGGAAUCUCAUCACGGAUCCGCAGCGCCACUACCGUCGGCAGCAGCUCCACUCGGCGAGGUGGAAUCCGGCGACGACAGUGACUGUGUGAUGGUGAACGCACCGACCGCGGAGCGAAAGGUGGAACCGUUGAAGAUAAACCUGACCCGCGAUCGUGAACCGCUGCGGACGAUCAUCAAACUAACUCCCGGGACCGGUUCCGCCGAGCACACCUCGAUCGCCCAGCAAUUAUCGCCGACGACAGUGCGUGAUGUUUGCGGGUCACCAAAAAUUACAAUCAAACCACCGAAACCACCACCUCCAGCGGCGGCGGCGGAUUGUGGCCUCUCGCCGACGAUCGACGGUGGUGCUGAAGGCGAUCGCAAUAGUGUUGCCAACAUGAACAGUAGCAGCAGCAGCAGCAGUAGCAUUCCAAAACUCACCAUCAAACCGCUUAUCAAUCCGGCUGGGGUUGAUUCGGCACCACGGAGCGACGAACCCGGCGGAACGGUGGUUGAGCAGAUGCAGAUUAUUCCAAAGCUACUGAUCAAGAGCUCCUGCGCGUCCUUGGGAGACGGGACGACGCAGCAUCACGCUCGGGAGGGUAAUAGUGUAAUGGAGCCACACAUUGUGCCUAAACUGACGAUACGAGGUGUUAACAACCACAAUAAUCACCAUCAUCAUCAUCACCAUCACCAUCAUCAGCAUCAUCACCACCAUCCGCAACUCAGUGUGUACCACCACCAUCAGCAGCAUAGUCAAUCAGCGGUGGGAUCGGACACGCAACAACAACAGGGAGGACCGUCCGGACUGGGUGGACAGGAGGUUGACGGCAUGGACAGUAGUGGCACGUCGGGGUCAUCGUCGCCAUCGCCCACGACACCGUUAGUUCCUAAGUUGACGAUAAAGAUGGACAACCAUCACCAUUUGGGGCAUGUUCAGCAGCAGCACAGUGAUGGGACUGGCGGCGGUGGAAUGGUCCAUCGAGAAGGCACAAUCCCGAAGCUACACAUCAAGACCAUUCCCUCCGAGGGCGGCGGGCUGAUUGCAACGACGGCCGCGUCUGCUUUGUCCCCGCAGCCAUCCACGGCGACGGUCGGUGGCGGUGGCUCGAGUUCGUCACCGGUCCUAACGAGCUCGGAAGGUGUCAAGCUGACGAUUAAACCCCUGCCCGAGCCUCCGAAGCUACCGAAGCUGACGAUCAAAACUUCCGGUCUGCUGGGAGCGAUCGCGGAAACGAGCGACGCCUCGUUGGUGUCCUCGACGAGCAGCAGUUUCUCGCCCAAACCGCUCUCCGCCCAACUGGUCGGUGGUGAACUGCAGGCACUACCGAUGGCUCCGAGCGCACUGGCUUCGGUGAAACUACUAUCGCCAUCCGCCUCCGGAAGCCUCCUGCAUCAUCAUGCCGCGCAAAACCCACAACCGGCGUCACCGAGUGAUCAACACUCGAACAUAAGCUCCAGCUCGAUUCCAAAGCUUACCAUCAAGCCGAUUCCCCCGAAGGUUGCUGACCAUACCACAGCAGCGACUUGCGGCCCUUCUUCCGCCCAUGAAGCUCCGAUGGGCGUUCCGAAGCUGACCAUCAAACCGAUUCCGCACCCCACCAUGACGGCGGCGACACUGAAGCCGACCCGGGGAGGAGCGCAAACGGGUGAAAACAGCGCCAGCGAAACCAGUAUUAAUUCCCUCAUCGACUCAUCGUCCGUAUCAUCUUCAUCCUGCACGAACGCUACGAUCAUCACUUCGCCGGCUUCAACGUCCGCCUUGAGAAUGACGAUCAAAGUGCCCCAAAGUGGGAACGAUUCCUGCAACUCGGCACUGGUGUCCGCACUAACGGGACCGCCCCUAGCAGUCGGUGCCAAUGCGGUGGUGGCACAACACUCCCCAGCAUCGUCCGUGGUGACAAAGUUGAACAUUAAACCUAUUUUGCCACCAUCACAGGCGUCACCACUAGUAGCCACCAGAAGAGCAGCAGAAGCGCACCCGGAGAAAAGUGGCUUCCUGCCGAAUGAUGAUGGAGAGCAAAAGGGAGGUCCAUCGGGGGCUUCUACACCGCCCUCGGGCGAAGAGCCGGACCAGAGCGUCCGUCCGAUCGUAAUACCUAAAGUGACCAUCAAAACGCUCGCCAACCCACGGGGUCAAGAGACGGAAAUCCUCUCUACGCCGAAAGUUACGCUGAAACCGAUUCCGAAGCCGGCGCACCAACCGGUGCAGGAAGGUGCAACGGAGCCGGUGGCAAUAAAUAACAACAGCAGCAGUUCCUCCUCGGCGGGGAUGGUUCUCGAUGGUGUCGUCGAUUCGCCCAGAAUUAUACUUAAAAUAAAUAAGGGAUCGUCUUCGACGACUACCACCACUACCGGUGAACAGCAGCAGCAGCAAGCGUUUGAGGAGAGUGGCGCCGGUAGUUUAAUGGGCCCCGGCGUAGACGGAAGCAGCCCUAUGACGACGACGGGAUCGAUCCUUGCGAACGAACUGAAGCGACCUGCAGCAGCAACAGCAGCGACAGGAGGCGGCGUCAUGACGUCGUCACUCUCCUCGUCGUCUUCUUCGUCGUCCGUAUCCAGUACCUCGACCUCGACGUCCGUAUCGACCUCGACGAGUUCAUCAUCCGCCGGCUCCGAUCCGGCCUCUCCGUCGUCCGGCGGUGGCGGUGAUCAAGGAGAUCCGGGUUCACCGGAGGCCAAGAAAAGUAAACUGGAUGACGAGCGGCUAACCGAUCGUCCCCUAGCCGGCAGUUUGCUUGCUCAGCAUUCCGUCUUGCAGCAAACGUUGCUACAAAACCGGUCACCAAUUUCAUACCAACAUCAGCAACAGCAACAGCAACAACGACAAUCGACGAUUUUGCAACGGAGAUCACCGGCGAUCCCGGCCGGUGCUGCUGCAGGCUUGAACAGUUGCGAUGUGAUCGUUAUAGACGACGAUAGCAAAUCCGGCAACGAGACGUUAACGUUACUGCAUGCCGGUUCGAGCCGGCAACUGGUGAACGCGUCAAGCUUACAGCAACAGCUUCUCGGGUACGGCGUCGGAGUGGCGGAAGAACUGACCUCCGCACCCCCAGUUGUGGUGAAAACACGAAGAACGCGCGGAGGAUCGUCCCGUGGUGGUGCUGGUGGUCGACAGUCCCGUCGAGGAUCUGGGGGCCGGUUGGCAGCGGCCAAGCUGUUGCCAAGUAUGAUGGCUGCUGCUGCUGCUGCUACGGUUGCCUUUGAUGCCCCGUUGGCGAGCGAUGAUCGGGACGAAGGCUCCAGCUCGGACUGUAUGAUCGUUGACGAACCGACCACAGCAACGGCGGUGAACAACACGGUAAAUGCCGCAACCGCCCAACUCAACAGCAGCUUGUCGGGCAACAUUAGUCUCCUGAGCGGUGACUCGUCGCUCACCAGCGCCACCGGUGGUCUCUAUCAUCACAGCAGCACCGGCAGCGAGGUGGAAAAGAAUGGAACGGCCAGCAAUAGCUCGAUCGGUAGUGGGGCCAGCUCAUCGACGGGUGGCAUCAUGGCCUCGAUGGUUGCUUCCGGUGGAUACCCGACACUUGCGGGCAGUGCCACAGUAGGGGGAACAGCAGGAGGCGGGAGCGUACGGAUGAGUCGACGGCGUGGGGCGGGUCAGCUGUUGAAGGAAGUGUUGGCACACAAAAGCCACGAUCAGGACUCCGGCGUGGACGAAGGUCUUGGUGGUCUUGGUCGCAUUGGAGCGACGGUCGGUGGUGGUCUUACACCCUCCAAGCGGCCACGGGGUCGUCCGAAGAAACAGAUGAUGGACAUGGUCGAAACGAACGGUGGCGGGAGUAGCAGCUCGAUGGAAGGUGGACCAAACAGUGGCCAUAACAGCAUGAUGAUGAUGGCCAUGAUGGCGGGCAGCAUGAACAGCACGGCGGAGUCGAUGCUGGAAGGAAUAACGCCCUUCCCUGUAACACCGGUUCGCACGCCAAGAACACGUGGCCGAGGACGCGGCAGAGGACGGGCGAAGUUGCAGCUCGGCGAUGUUACACCAACCCUUGGCGGGCCUUUCUACGGGUCGCCGAACAAUGCAGAUGCCAGCCUGGACCCGCUUUACAUUGGUAAGCAAAGGUUGAUGGGGGUUUUGGUUUUCCUCAAUCGCCGCCACGUCACCGCUUCAAUCUCAUCGACAGGUCCUCCGAGCACUGGCACUCCAGCGUAUGAUGCCGAGGGAAGCUUCCUUUUCAAUCGCAUCCAAACGCCCCGUGGUCGUGGCUCACGUGGACCCCGGAGAGGCGGAGGGCGCGGUUCGCGAACACCGCGUGGUGGUCGAGGGGCAGCGAAAGCUGCCCUUGCGGCCAUGCUAGCGGCAUCAGCUGGCUCCAUCGGUCCCGGUUCUCCCGGCGAAUGGCCAGGGCAACUCCCGACGCCCGAUGGGCCGAUGGUCGGUAGCCCCGCCGACGGACGGAUCUCUGGCACGGAGCUGACCCCACGCGGCGGCAAGGUGAGACGACCCAGGGGGGGAGCUGUGACGACACGUGGAAAACGGAAGACCGAACCGAAAACUAGAACGCCGCGAGGUAAAAAGGCUGCGUUGGCUGCUGCGGCCGCCGCCGCCGCUGCUGCAGCUGACCAAACUCCGGCGAAGGUAGCGGCGGACGGACCGAACAGUAACAUCUUCAUGACACCCAUGGCUGGUGGAUUGGACCCCUUCCGACCCCGGCUGCAGAUUCGCGAGCUAAAGACACCGAAAAAUGCAAUCAAGUCCAACACGCCACCGUCUGGGGCGCUGCUUACGCCCACGGCAACGCCCGGUGGCGUUGCCAGCUUGCAGCUGUUCGAGGAGGACACCCGGAUGAGCGGAGACUUUAACUUCACCACACCGGUGCGGCUGAUCGGCACCGGCGACGGAUGCUUGCAGCAGAACGACGAGUCCCAAAGUUCGUACCUGAGCAGUACCAGCGUUACGCAGGAUGCAACUACCUCGGCCGCGGUCAGCACAAACGGAGCACAAGCGCUGCCAGCCGAUGCCGUCACCGCCACGGCUGUUGCGGCGGAACCGGGAAAGGAUGGAAUGCUUGCCGCGACGACCGGUACGGGUGGUGCUGUCGGUACCAGUAGUAGCAACAGCAGCACCACAAGCAGCUCCCGGAGGCCGAAGGGCAAGAUGGAAGUGCUCGAUGCACAUCGAGCACAGUUUACGGUCGAACUGUUGGCGGAGUACGAAUGGCCACCGCCGUCGCCGGGCACGCGAGGAACCGACACGUUCAUGCUGCAGGAGCAGAUUGCCGAGUACCUCGGGGUGAAGAGCUUCAAGCGCAAGUAUCCGGACCUGAUGCGCCGCCCGGUCGAGAUGGAGGAGCGCAACUUUCUGCUGGAACAGGGUCUGGCGUCUGAGAAGAUGUGUGACCUGGGACUGACGUCGGUGUACGCGUCCGAGAUACUGGACAUUAUGUGCAACGACUAUCCGGAGAAGUACGAGGAGUACACGCGGUACUCGCGCGAGAAACAUUUCCGUGAGCUUAGCAACCGCCAGCGCCAACAGCAGGAAGCGGUCGUGGCGGCGGUCGCAGCAGCGGCGGCGGCGGCAGCGGUCGCUGCGAUACCGGCAGCUCCGAUCGACCGUGCGAAGUUGCAGAAAGAAAAGGCCAUCGAAUCAGCCUCCAACUGGAACAGUACCUUCAACAAAGAACGACGGGAUACGAGGCGAGCUUGCAUGGACCUGCAAACGUACGUGGUGCACGUUCCGCGACGGAAUCGAUGCACGCAAACAGCGCACACCGAAGACACCGCACCGAGCAGGCAACUGUCCAACUAUCCCGUGGCGCUGGUGCCGGGUCAAUUCAGUGAAUACUACACAACCUACACACCGGAACAGUUGGCUUGCUAUCCCAUCAACACCAUGUUGCUGGACCCGCAGCAGCUGGAGGAGAUCGUAUCAUCGGAGCGCUACAAAAAGCUGGCCGCCGAAGAGGCUCGUCGGACCGAGUACUAUGAAACGUCGUGCAGUAGCAGCAACAGUAGUAGUAGUAGUAGCGGCAGCAGCGACACCGAGACCGAUAGCGAUGACGACGGUAGUAGUAACGGUGCGGAGGACAGUGACACAGCCAGCGACAGGGAAAGUGGUGGUAAACAUUUGCGCAAAAGUCGCACUCAGCGCGGAAAGAGUAGCUCAUCGGAUUCCUCAUCCGGCACCGAUGACCAAACGGAAGGCUCUGGCGCUACGGAGAGGCGAAAGGUUCGUCGAAAGCGAAAAGUGGCCAGCAGCAGCAGCAUCCCGACGGUGGACGGUGGAGAUGAGGACAAGAACGUGAAACCGACGGCAGUGGUCACUCCGGUGAGGCGAUCGAGCCGAGGGCUCAGUGCCGGAACGAUGCCGACGGUUCCCGCCGCUGUCGAGGUUAAGAUUCCAACGGAUUCCGACGAUUCGGACGUUCCGCUCAGUGCACAUGCGGCGAAGCGAAAGAAUGCGGUGACUACUACUGCAACGGUGUCCGCCGGAGGUGGAAAGCGUAUGGUGGACGAGAAGCCAACACUGACGGUGAUGAAGCGGCCACCACUGAACCCGUACAUGUGCGCCGUUUGCCUUGGUCCGGAAAACAAGAACAAAUACAGCAAACCGGAACGAUUUGUGCGUUGCGAUCGUUGCCGAAGGAAAGCACAUCCGUCGUGCAUCGGCAUGUCCUCGGUGAUGUAUCGCCGGGUGCAGCAGUACAAGUGGCAGUGCACCGAGUGCAAGCUGUGCAUGAAGUGCAACCGGAGGCCGGCGGCAAUCGACAGCAAGAUGGUGUACUGUGAUCAGUGCGAUCGAGGAUUUCAUUUAGCUUGCAAGGGUCUGCGGAAUUUACCGGAUGGUCGUUGGCACUGCAGCAUCUGCACCGUCUGCAGUCAGUGCGGUUCCCGAACACCGGAAGGACACCCGAACGCUCAGCUAACCGCGCAGCAACGGCAGCAUCUCGCGAUGGUGGCCGAAUGGACGCACCAGUACUGUUUGAAUGCCUUAACCCGAAUACGGGAGCAUGUGCGAACCCUAUGCGUACCGUGCGUGCGCGAACGGAGGCAACGGAUGCAGCAAGAGAAUGCCCAGCAAACCUCUGUUGCGGCUGCUGUUGCAACAACGCCGGCGAGACAGACCACUACCGAGAACCAUGCAAUACUUAACAACAACAACAACAACAAUAUUAACACGCCCGUAGGUGGCAUGACUGUGGAUAGGAAAGCACAGCUCACCGUACCGGUCCCUACCGGUGGUCCGGUGAAUCCAAUGAAGGUGGUGCUACGAGCACCGGUGGUAAGGAAGUUGCCAGCGACAACGUCGUCCAGCUCGGUGGUAUCGGUACAGCAGCAACAGAACAGCAACUUCACCGGCGAGAUCCAGAACAAGCGCUACCAGCAGCAGCAGCAGCAGCAGGAAGCAGACGGGACCCGUUAA